AUGACACAGAAAGUAGCGUUGAUCACCGGGGGCACGAGUGGAAUCGGCCUCGCCGUCACCAAAGCUCUCGCUGAGCGCGGCGACUGGUCGAUCCAUGUACUCGGUCAGAACGAAGCCCGCGGCGCCGAGGCCGAGAAGCUGCCACGGACGACGUUCCACCGUGCCAACGUCACCGUUUACGACGAACUGGCUGCCGUCUUCCACAAGGUCUUCAGCGAGACCGGCCGUCUGGACUAUGUGUUUGCCAACGCCGGCAUCUUCGAGCGAACCCCGUUCUACGAACCGCAUUCUGACGCCACUAAUGGCCCGCCCCGACUGGAUCUGACGGCCCUCGAUUCCAACCUGACCGGUGUCGUGAUGACCGGUUAUUUGGCUCAGCAUUAUUUCCGAAUCUCACCACACCGUGGCCAGGGCGCUAGUAUUCUCUUGAACUCUAGCACCGGUGGCAUAUACCCGGCUUACAACCUACCGAUCUAUUCGGCCACCAAGCAUGGAAUCAUUGGCUUUAUGCGCGCCAUCUCCAAGCAGUUCUACAGCAACGGCAUCCGCGCCAACGCCAUCUGCCCCGGCAUCGUGCGAACCAACCUCGUCGCGGACGCCAUCUGGGAUAGCUUCCCCACGCACCUCCUGAUCCCCAUGGAAGACGUUCUCAACGUGAUCCUCAUGCUUUUGGACGGCGAGCAGAAAAAUUCCGAGAUCGUGGAUGGCAGUGGCACUCGUGUCUCGGCAUCCCAGCUGUAUGGCCGCACCGUCGAGGUGUCGAAUUCGCAUUUCUAUUUCAGAGAGCAGCCGGAAUAUUCCGACGAGGGCAUGAAGGAGCUGAUGACUUUCGAGGGAUAG